AACUUGCAUCACCCAAUAGCAUUACCACUAUAGUUUUUGACAUGCAUUAUUUUUUUAGCAUUAAAAUUUAUAUAUAGUAUAAUUUCCCGGAAAGAAUUUAGUCAUGGAUUAUGAAUAUGAACUUGAUCCAAGGUCCUUAGGUGGUAAACCAGGCAGUGUGACUUUAAAAAAAGAUAAACAAAACUUAAUUGGCAUAAGUAUAGGUGGUGGUGCUCCAUUAUGUCCUUGCCUGUAUGUUGUUCAAGUGUUUGAUAAUACACCAGCUGCCAAAGAAGGUACAUUGCAAGCUGGUGAUGAGAUUGUUGGAGUUAAUGGGAAAUCUAUGAGAGGAAAGACAAAAGUGGAUGUAGCUAGGGCUAUACAGGCUAUAAAGGAGAGUGUGACCAUUCAGUACGUGAAACUUCAUGCUGACCCAAAAGAAGGAAAAUCUUUGGACAUUGUGAUGAAAAAGUUAAAACACAAAGUUGUUGAAACGAUGAGCUCGGGCACUGCAGAUGCUCUUGGACUGAGUCGUGCAAUUCUUUGCAAUGAUGGGCUGGUCAAGAAAUUAGAAGAACUUGAACAGAAUUCCUUUAUAUACAAAGGUCUUGUAGAACAUACAAAACGUCUCUUGCAGAGUUUUUUCCAAAUGGCAAACUUGCACAAAGAACUUGGUGAUAUAUUUGCUUCUGUGGGAGUUCGUGAGUUACAACCAAAUGCAAGUGAAUCAUUUGCUAUUUUUGCUGAAUGCCAUCGGGGAUUUAACAAAUCUGGAAUCGACUUUUUAAAAAAGAUUAAGCCUAUGCUAAGUGAUCUAAACACUUACUUGACAAAGGCUAUACCAGAUACCAAGUUAACAAUCAAAAAGUAUCUUGAUGCAAAGUUUGAAUAUUUAUCAUACUGUCUAAAAGUUAAAGAAAUGGAUGAUGAAGAAUAUGGCUAUGCUGCUUUACAUGAAUCUCUGUACCGAGUUGAAACUGGUAAUUAUGAUUAUAGGAUUGUGUUACGUUGCAGACAGCUAGCUCGAGAAAGAUUUGCGAAGCUUCGAUCUGACGUACUUGUCAAGUUGGAACUGCUCGAUAAUAAGCAUGUACAAGAUCUUGUGUAUCAGCUGCAAAGAUUUUUAGAAGCCAUGACAAUGUUCCAUAAUGAAUGUGAAACAGAAUUGGACAAAGCUAAUGUUUUUCCGAUUGAAGUAGACUUGUGUAGCGGUUCACUUGGGUCAACAUUGGAUAAGUAGAGGAAAACAGGGGACAGGCAUGUUUGGCGUGAUGUUGUGCGAUCAAUGUUACGUGUAUUAUUCGUCACAUCACUACUUUUGUAAAAGACUGAAUUAUGGAACGUUGAUAGAUGUAGUCUGUUUUUUUAUUCUUCGUUCACUUGUUGACAGUAAAAUUCAAAAUGCAUUCUUUUUAAUAACUACGUAAGGGAUAAUGUUUUUUUAGUCAAUAUUUUCCUGUCCUUUUUAAUCCACACUCUUAUGAAACUUUAUUUCUAAGAGAUUGUUAAAAAAAUGUUAGGUCUUCAGGAAUUGAGUUUUUGUUUUUUAUUUAUCAAGAGAAGAAAUUCCACGGUGCGGGUUUACGGUUUACAGUGGUCGAAGUUGUCAAAAAAGAAAAAUCGUUAGGUUGCUCUUUGUUUAAAUAACAAAUGAAUAACAAAUGCAAAUAUUCAUUUCCUACAAAUAAAGAACAGAACAGAAAGUGACGCAGGGAUUUUUUUAACUUUUUUUUGUUGGUAACACUUCUUAAAAGAUUUAAUUUGGUUUUGGCAAAUUUUUAUCCAACAUGUUUAAAAAUAUUGACAAAACCAAGACAGUUAGUUUCUUAUCGUAUUCUUGCUUCUUGUUUAUGCCACUAUUGUGACAUUUUAUCAAUAUGUGGCUUCAAUAAGUGCUUUUAUGUGCUCAAGACAAGAUAUUUAUCUUUAUUUUCUCACCGAUAUCAAAACAAUAUCAGAUGUAAUUUAUAAUUAAUAAUUUUUAUUAAGAAUAUAAAUAUAUCAGGAUUGGUGGGAACAUCUGUUUACAUGUGUGAAUAAUUUUUCGAAUUUUUUGUUUUCUUGUUUGCUUUGGUGAAUAUAAAACAACAAAUAAACAUUUUUUGCAAGCAAUAUGUGUAUAAACUAAUGAUGAACUAUUUUUACUCUUGUAAAGAUUUACAUUUUUAAAGAGGUUAUAGAAUAAUCUUGGACUGAGUCACAUUUUCAAUAGUAUGUACGAGAAUUAUGUAAAAAAUUAUAUUUAUUGAGGUAAAAUUAUAUUUAUUCAUAGAUAA